AUGUCAUUAACGCGCGAACAAGUCCUCUUUGCCGACCUGGCCAAGGCCAUGAAGAAGACCGUGGCCAGGCAAGCCAACGAAUCCGACUCCGACUCCGAGAUACAACAAACAACCAAUCGCGGUAACAAGUUGAAGAAGAGGGCAAGAUUCGUCCGCCAGGGCAAAUUGGGGCCACCCACGGGGCCGGCAGUCUACAAGGAGGAGGUCGAGCAUGCAGGAUACAAGCGCGCCGUAAUCAGCCGCAACCCACCGCUCAUCGACGAAGACGGCUACAGCAUCGACAGCGACGAUGACGACCAACAAGUCCAAGAUGCGGUCGCCGCUGCCGCCGAGGCUGACCCCUACUCAUCGAUUCAUCUUGAGCAGCUCCUGGCGCCACUCACGGCAGUCACAGACCUACCCGCCCACCCCACACUCUCGAGGCCUUUCAAAUCGACAGCCCUGAAGGAAUUGACGAACCAAGCAUGCGAUCUAAUGCGCAAAGAAAAUAUUGCGCUCUGGAAAGUGAGGCCACUCCUGACGAGACUCAGUGGAGACCAUACCUGGGUGACUCCUGAGAUGAUGUUGGGUACCAACGACCACGAGAUGUUCAGGAGCGGCUUUGGAUCGCGUAAACUCAAGCGUAAGAGAUCACACGAGGAGAUUUUGGAAGGCUUAUCAAGUCCAAAUAUCAACGGCGGCAGCACAGCUCGACCUCCCCUGGACGGGGACCUUGAUACAGCCGCGAAUGGAGAGGCCCAGACACACGAGAAAACAAGUACUUCUACAGAAGAUGUGGUGAUGACGAAUAGCGAGGACAACAAGACAGAAAAUACUGGAAUUUCCAAAGAAGGGCAUGAAGCACCAGGCACCGCCAACGAGGAGCAGGGCGAAGAGAACGCCGCAUCACUCCCCACGGAUGGCAACAAGGUGGACGAGCCCGGGUCGAACCCGACCAAUGGCAUCUCGGCGAAACAAAAAGGAAAACAAUCCGAAACCAGAGCAGAGCAAGCGGACGAAGACGUUGCCAUGUUGAAUGGAGCUGCAGGGCCUGGUCUUAACGGCAGUCGAGCUGGAUCUCCCUCGGCGACGUCUGCCGGGGACCCUUUUAUCCACCCAAUAUUCCUAGCGCCGAAGCCAGCCCAUCCCGAUCGCGAUUUGGGACUCCCAGAACAGGAAGCAGAGGAUGUCCGCCGACUCCUUCAGCUUUACGUCCAGAAACAGGAAGAGGUGUGCCGCGGCACUGAGAAGCUAUACCAUGGCCUCCUCAAGGCAGACCGCAUGCGAAAGACUGUACUGGAGUGGUCCAAAUCCGAGGCCCACGUCGGAGAGAUGUCGGACGGCGAGGACUGGUACGAUAAAGAGGAAUGGGGUCUGAUCGAGGACCUCAAGAAAGGCCAGGACGAGGAAGAAGAGGACACGACGCAGACUCAGAAGAAGACUAGGAAUCGGAAGUAG